CAGUUGUCUUCUUUUAAGCCCCCCAAAAAGCAGCGAAAAUAGACUGAGAUGUAGUAUUUAUAUUGACUAAGGGUGUGAGCACUGAACAGAUGCUUUAAGCUCUAGGGAAAAGUAAUAUUCUAUAUCUGCGAUAAGAGGAAGGCCACCACCACACAACAUAGCUCUGCUCAAAAACACAAACACAGUGAGUGAGUGAGUGAGUGAGUGUUGGCUAAUAUGGAUAAAAGCUGUGAUCCCUCUGCAGACUCUACUAGCACAUCCCUUCCUGCCAACCCCAACAACAAUAGCAGGGAUCAAUAUCUUCGCCACCUCAACAAGCUUUCUCAAAAGAUCUCCAAACCCCUCAUUAAGAAACCCACCUUCGACCCUCCCCAGGCCCAAGCCCAAGCCCCAAACCCAAACAAUCAGGUGCAGGCGCAGCAGAACCUGCAACAUCAGCCGCCGGUGUACAACAUCAACAAGAACGAUUUCCGUGAUGUGGUUCAGAAACUGACGGGCUCACCUGCGCACGACCGUAUCUCAACACCGCCUCCCAUUCAGCCACCCAAGCCACCGAGUUCGCGUCUGCAGCGGAUUCGUCCUCCUCCGUUGCCGCAAAUUACUAACCGCCCACCCCCGCUACUCAACCCCACCACCCUCCCCCGCCCUCAACUCCCUAACGCCGUUACCUUCAACAACUUCUCCGUCUUUUCCAGACCCCCCGCGCCGUUAUCUCCUCUGCCGCCGUUCCCCACCGUCCACGCGCCUGCUGAGUCACCCAUCUCCGCCUACAUGCGCGAUCUGCAGACUCUCGUCGAUUCAAACGCCAGGCACUUUUCUGGCUUUUCUCCCUUUCCUCCACCGCCUCAGCCUCAACAAGAGCAACAGCAGCAGCAAGCGAUGCUUCCGUCGCAAGCACCGUCGUCGUUUCAGCUGCCGUCUUCGCCUGUGCCGUUUGGGUGUCUGAAUUCGCAGCUGGCGUCCUACCCUCUUCUGUCGCCGGGGCUUCUGUUUUCCCCAACUUCUGGUCAGUUAGGGUUUCCGCAGCUUCCGCUUUCGCCGACCGUGCCGGUUCCUAGCCCUCGCUGGAAGGGAAUUUGAGAGGGUGAGGUGAGUUUGGGCACAGACAUGUCCAUUUAGCUCAGCUUUUUUAGGGUUUUUAUUUUUGGGUUGUUGUUGUGUUACCUGUACAUGGUGCUGGUGCUAGGGGGAAUUCAAUUUGCGGUGGUUGGACUCCAAGUAGUCCGCUGCUGCUUAGUUUAAUUCUGUAAAUGGGAUAUCAAAGACAUCAAAAAGGGUACAAUUUUGCAUUGGUUCAUGCUCUCUGCUGUUUGGGGAUAUGCAAAAACAAAUUAGAUGUUAUACAAUUAUAGUGGGAUUAUUAUUAUCAUUAUCAUUGUCAUUAUGAUGCUGUUUUCAAUAUAAUCAAAAUCUUUAUUGUCUUCAC